AUGGGGAUUGUCGGUAGUCGCGUCGAUGACGCCGGGAGCCUUUAUUUCAAGGACCAGUCGAGGUGCACGAUCGCAUCCGCGGUGGUCACGAACGGGAGGGGUCGAGUGUUACUAAAUAUCGUGCCGAACGCAUUCCCCGCAGCGAGGUACACGGCCAAACGGGAGGUUGGCGACGAGAGUCCGAUCGAGUACAUCCAGGAUCCUGAUCUCUCGCCUUCCGCCCAAACGCCGACAUUCCUUUUACGCCUGUCCAACGAAGAGGACCUCGAGUUCAAAUUCACCUUCGUGUUAAGGCAGACACAAAGCGGAAAUGUGACGAAUUCCACGGUCAACGGGGUCUCGACUUCACUGCCAGAGGUGGCGGAUACUGCGCUCACGGGGCUGACGUUCGCUCAUGCCCCUAACUCGAAAGAGCUGGAUAAUCUGAUCACGAGGGAAUUCCAUGCUAAUCCGAACCUGCAAAACAACUCCAACGUCCAGCUGAUAGGCGAUUACUCGACAAAUGGCAGCCCGUCAGUCCAGUUUGAUUGGACCUGGAGGUGGAAACCUCCCAAGCCGACGGAAGAGAAAGGGGGCGGCUGGAGGAAUAGCUGCAGCCUCUUGGACUAUGAUCAGCGAGCGAACCGACUCAACACCCUUGCGCACUUUUCGUUCUGGGUGCAAAACACCGUGCGCCCGUUACCGAGCCCUCAGAUCUCCUCGCCGAAUCUAGAAAUCACUCUCCCGCCUCGAAACCGCAUACCUUCGUCGCAAUCGGUUCUCUCCCACUCCAGCGAUGCGGAUGCGACGUCUAGCACUCAGGUUCUUCCCGGGGUAUCGCCCGAUACCAGCGAGCCUCCCCAGUCGAUACUGCCUCCGCAGCCAGUGAAAGUCGACCUGCCCCAUUCACGGCCUGGGGAGGACAUGAGUGUGGUUGAGGAUGGCCCUCUUUUCCGGGCGACCAUGAAAGCAUUAGAGCAAAAGACCGGGAACAUGCGCACCAAAAUGAAGAAGGUUCUGAAAAAGGCAGAGGCCGCCCAGCAAGCCCAGAAUGCGUGUAACGAUGCCGUGGAGGCGUUCUUGUCUGCACUGAAUGAUGCGUCGUCUUCUAACGCGAAUGCCAUCCAGCCCGCACUCGAUCACUAUUUCGAGAAGAUCGCUCGGCAGAUUCUGAACUAUGAAAGGCUCAACAAUGUCCAGCUCCAAAGGCUUGUCAUUGAGCCAUUAGUAAAACUCUACAACAACGACAUCAAACAGGCGGAGGCCAAGAAAAAGGAGUUUGAAGAGGAAAGCAGGGACUAUUACGCCUAUGUCAGCCGCUAUCUCGGACAGCGUCAAGAUUCGCUCAAGGAGAAGAAGCGCGCAGAGAGCGAUUCGAAAUACCAGACCAAGCGGCGGAAUUUCGAACUCAGGCGGUUUGACUAUUCGUCAUUCAUGCAAGAUCUCCAUGGCGGCCGCAAGGAGCAAGAGGUCCUGUCGCACCUAACUAAAUACGCAAGUACGCAGGCGCAGAGUUUCCUCACGGCGGCCAAACAGGUGGACGAUAUGACGCCGCAGCUCGAUGCCCUUAUCCAUGAGGUCGGCCAGGCCGACAAGGAGUUCCAAUUCCAGAGGACAGAAAGGGAAGAGAAGCGGCGCGCACUCGAAAAGAGUAGCAACACGUACAUGGAGCCCGAUUCCUUGACGACCGCAAAUGUCACAUCGGCGCCGGUCUCUAGCGGUAAUGGGAACCAGCAUUCGGAUGGUGAACUGGGCCGCGCAGACAGCACAGGAUCGCAAUUGCGGAAUGUGAACAGCAAUACGUCUUCAUUGUCUGCCCAAGCGAAUACGUCAGCUAUGAACACCUCGGCAGGGGCUUCCGCCGUCCCGUCAACAGCCAAUCCAUCAGGUCAACAGAGGAAGGAAGGAUUACUAUGGGCGCUGUCUCGGCCAGGAUCCCAUAUUGAUCCCAAGGGCAUUAACAAACAGGCUUGGCAUAAAUUCUGGAUCGUGUUGGACCAGGGAAAGCUCUCGGAAUACAGCAAUUGGAAACAGAAGUUAGAUUUACAUAUGGAUCCGAUCGAUUUGCGCAUGGCCUCCGUUCGUGAGGCCCGGAAUGCGGAGCGGCGGUUUUGUUUCGAAGUGAUUACGCCCCAGUACAAACGCAUCUACCAAGCGACUUCUGGGGAGGAUAUGACCAAUUGGAUCAGAGCCAUCAACAAUGCCCUCCAAAGCGCCGUCGAAGGCCGUGGCAUGCCUUCUCCACCCAUUUCGUCUGGCAAUGAUAGCUCAUCACUCCGUCGUGAUAUUGGGUCUGUUUUGACCGGGAAAAGCUCGUCGUACUCGGGCCAGCAUCCGAAUCCGACGGGACAGGCCAAUACUGUUACUCGCCGCACGACAGUAGGGGCACGGCCGAGUUACGUCCGCGGCGAUGACAGCAAUUACGAGGAGAAUCCCUCUAAGCUCCUGCAAACGGUCCGGGAUGCCGACCAAGGCAACAACUGGUGUGCCGACUGCGGAUCCGUGUCCAAAGUUGAGUGGGUAUCCAUCAAUCUGGGGAUCGUUUUGUGUAUUGAGUGCAGCGGUAUCCAUCGCUCUCUUGGUACGCAUAUCUCCAAGGUUCGGUCACUCACCCUGGAUGUGAAUUCCUUCUCCAACGACAUCGUCGAGAUUCUACUGCAGAUCGGCAACCGCGUCAGCAAUAUGGUCUGGGAGGCCACACUGGAUCACUCCCAGAAGCCCGUUGCGUCUUCUACCCGGGAACAGCGACUCCGGUUUAUUACGGCCAAAUAUAGCGAUCGGGCCUACGUCGAACAAUUGCCUUCCCCGUUGUCCCGGUUCUCGUCCUCGGAUGAAACGCUCCUUGCGUCAAUCAAGCGGAAUGAUAUCCAAGGCGUUCUCUAUGGCAUCGCCCUAGGUGCAAAUGUGAAUGUGACCGAUCGUUCACGUAGCACACAUGCCGUUUUCCUCGCUCUCGCCGCAGCCGAUCCGGCUUCCCCGGCGUCGGCCUCAACUCCACCAUCUAGGCCUACCACCGCUCCUUCAGCGAAAGCAAUCCCAUUCCCCAUUGCCGAACUCCUCGUCCAGAACGGAGCGGAAAUCCCAUCCGAUCCUCCACCUAUCCCCCUCUCAUCCGCCGCGCAGCUAUAUCUCAGCCAGCGGACCGCACGAAUCGCUGCCUUUACCAGUCCUGCCGCAUCUGGUUCUGGAAAAUCCCCGGCCGACGGAGUCGGGUCGCUGCCGACUAUUCGAGGGACAGGGAAUGACAAUCCCGCCUCAUCGCAAGCACCAAGCUCCUUGGACACCAAGGAGCGCGAGAAAUUACAUAAACGCGGGAGCGCGGGGGCCCGGUUCGCAGGGAAGGUCGCCUCCCUUGGCAUUGACCGAUAAGAGUUGACCCGGCGCCUCUGUUCCGGGAUGCCUGAACUUCCACAUGGGGUUCUUUCACCGUAUCCGCACCCUCUUCCUCUUCGUGUCCCCUUCGUCUCCCCUUCACUUUGCGAAAUUCUAUCAUAGUAAUUAUACCUAGUCAGAUCCUGGGGCUCGGAUGCCUCAUGCCCCCAGGAUGCUGACUGUUGUCCAGGGUCAGCCGGCCGGCUCUGCAGAUUCGAUCUGCGUCGGCCUCCAUACUGCACCCCCCUCCUUCUCCUCUUCCCCCUUGUUUAUACUCUUCUAUCAUUCCUGUUGCCGUUUAAUUGGUUCCUGGCCGUUUAUCAUCCCGCUGCACCUCUCCCCAAGAGGCUGCGGAUCUACUCGCACUGCAGUUAUAUCAUGGAAGCCGAGGCACGUUUUGGCCUGACAAGAUGUCCUCCACUUUACGAGCCCUGUCACGCUUUUCUUCUUACUUUUUUCUUCUUC